CAGGACGACUUGCAGGGUGUCAUUCUUCUCCAUCGCCCCACAUCCCUCCACAUUUGCCCCUGGAUCAUAUUCUUCUAAUUGACGGAGAACAUCAGGCAGUUUUCAGGAGGAUUGUUUGGAUCCUAAAGAACCAACGACCAGAAUGGAGCACGCAACAUUAAUAGGACUGAUUGUCCUCUUGCCGUUAAGUCUGGACUUGCUCCAGGUCAAUGGCCUGAGAUCCAUAAGAGACACCACAGGAACUCAUUCACCGAGUUCCUCGGAUGUCAAAGCGGGGCGUUGCUCCUAUACGUUCAUCGUCCCGCAGCAGAAGCUAUCCGGAGCGUUGUGCUUGGACACGAAGGCCGCCAACCAAUCAGAGGUGGUGGCCUUACGGGCAGAACUGAAACGGCAGCAGGAGCAGCUGGAGAACCUCCAGACGUUGCUGGAGCAGGAGGGGAGCUUCAUCACCGAGAUGAGAAUCCUGCGUAAGGAGAGCAGCGGCAUGAACGCCCGCAUCGCUCAGCUCUACAGCCAGCUUCUGCACGAGGUCAUCCACAAGAAGGACCAGGCCAUGGAGCAACGCAGGGCGGAGAGCAUCCUGCUUAAUGCGACAACGCAUGCGCUGCAGGUGUCCAGCAACUUCAGGGAACUGGAGAAAAAAUACGGAGUGCUUACAUCCAUGUUGACCUCCCAAAGCCAAUUAAUUACCCGUUUGGAAAGGCAAUGCCAGUGUAAGGACAACUCUCAGUCUGACCUGAUGCCGACGGACUCUCCAAAAAGCCGCUCCGGUGUGCUGCUUAACGACAGUUCUGAAAUCAGCAAUGAUCUUCAAAGGGACCAAAGUGCUCUACAGCAAGACAACCCUUUGGAGGCGCUUCUGAUUUCCAGCACCACUGUCAGUCCUUCAACAGCCCAGCCUGUCAUUAACUUCCCUGUCACCAAGAGCCCAGGGCCAUGGCGGGACUGCAAACAUGCGCUGGAAUCCGGCGAGACCACCAGCGGCAUCUACCUUCUGCGCUUGCAGAGCGCCAACCGGCUCCUCCAGGCCUGGUGUGACCAGAAGCAUGCUCAAGGAGGCUGGACGGUCAUCCAGAGACGGCAGGACGGCUCCGUCAACUUUUUUAGAAAUUGGGAGCAGUACAAGCAUGGCUUCGGGAACCUGGACGGAGAGUACUGGCUGGGCCUGGAACAUCUCUACUGGCUUACCAAGCAAGCCAAAUACAAGCUGCGUGUGGUUCUGGAAGACUGGCAGGGCCGGCAAGUGUUCGCCGAGUACGACAGCUUCCGGCUGGAGCCGGAGAGCGACUGGUACAGACUGCGCUUGGGUCAGUAUCGGGGCAACGCCGGCGAUUCGCUCUCGUGGCACAACAACAAGGCCUUCACCACUCUGGAUCGGGAUAAAGACGCCUAUACAGGUAACUGCGCCCACUACCAGAAAGGAGGCUGGUGGUACCACAUGUGCGCCCACUCCAACCUCAAUGGCGUUUGGUAUCGGGGCGGUCACUACCGCAGCCGCUACCAGGACGGCGUCUAUUGGGCCGAGUUCCACGGCGGCUCCUACUCGCUCAAGCGGGUCCUCAUGAUGCUCAAGCCCGUGUAAUUUCUUUGCAUCACACUCGUGGGAGGGAACGAGAUCGGCCUUCCCCUUUUUGCUGCUUUCGAGGUCCUCCACUGACAUUCGCUUAUUCAGUUACUGCCGUGACUCCCGCCGUUUCUCCCGAGUUCAAUUGUGUAGAGCGCAAUAAAUCAAAUGACCAAAUAAAUCCAAUUUGUUCAGUCA